AUGUUCUGUGAGAAGGCGCUGGAGUUGAUCCGAGAGCUGCACCGAAUGAACGACGGACAACUGCCUGCAUUUAAUGAGGACGGGGUGCGGCAGGUGCUUCAGGAGAUGGAAGCUCUGUUUGAACAGAACCAGACAGACGUGAACGAGGCAAAGGCGGAGGGACGCUCGGAGCUUAUCCCGUCAAUCAAACUUAGACACUGCUGUUUACUGAGGAACCAGCGCUGUGUCGCCUCCUACCUAUACGACCGGUUGCUGAGGAUCAGAGCUCUGCGAUGGGAGUACGGCUCAGUUCUGCCCCCUAAUGUACGCUUCCACAUGUCUGCAGAAGAGGUGCAGUGGUUUUCUCAGUAUAAAAAGUCUCUGUCUUCGUUCAUGAAGAGUUUGGGAAACGAAGAAGGACUAGACCUGACACAGGACACACAGCCCCCAAAGAGUCUCUACAUUCAGGUACGAUGUGUCAAAGACCAUGGAGAACUAGAGAUCGACGACGGAACUGUGAUUCUGCUGAAGAGGAACAGUCAGCAUUUCCUGCCUCGGUGGAAAUGUGAGCAGCUGAUUCGCCAGGGCGUCCUGGAGCACGUCCUCUCUUAG